GACAUUAAUAUAGUUUGAUAUGUUUUGUAGAUUAUAAGGCAAUGCGCAAAGGAAGAAGCUGCUUAUACUUCAUCAGUAACAAGACCAAGGCUGUCUGUUCUUGUAGGAAAAACCAUUCCAAGGACUUCCACUAUCUGAUGGGAUGCAGGAAAGAUAGCAAAGACAGAUCAAUAUAAGUUGACGAGCCUCAUUCACCAUUGGUAUCCAUCACCAUGAAACCAUCAAGCACCAUCACACAUUAAAAAUAAUCAAGCGUUCCACAGGUGAUUUCAAUGCUUGCACUUGUUGGAGCAAGGGAACCGCUUGUUCAAGCACAGGCGUGCCACCGUGGUACAAUGCCGCUCAAGUCUCUGGCCAGGCCAAGGCUUUCUCCGGUUACCAUGACCGAAAAAGACAACAAUACACACGACGGUCUAAUUCCCGGUUUGCCGGAAGACAUGGCGAAGAUAUGCCUCGCUCUCGUCCCUCGGAGACACUUCCCUGCCAUGGGUGCAGUGUCCAGGAGGUGGAUGUCGUUCAUCGGCAGCAGAGAGUUCAGUGCUGUCAGGAAGGAGGUUGGGAAGAUUGAAGAGUUGGUCUAUGUCCUUGCUGCUGAAGCUGGAGAAAAUGGGUGUCACUGGGAGGUCUUGGGGGAGCGCAAAAACAGUGCAAUUCCCCCUAUGCCUGGGCUGGCCAAAGUUGGGUUCGGUGUGGUGGUUCUUUAUGGGAAGUUGUAUGUCAUUGCUGGCUAUGCUGCUGUCCAUGGGAAUGACUCUGUUUCUGACGAGGUUUACCAGUACCAUGCUCGGCUCAACAGGUGGGGUGCACUUGCCAAGAUGAAUGUUGCGCGUCGCGACUUCGCCUGCGCCGAGGUCGACGGCACGAUAUACGCUGCCGGUGGAUUCGGCUCCAGCGGCAACAGUUUGUCCAGCGUGGAAGCAUACGAUCCCCGGCAAAACAGAUGGAGGCUGAUCGACGGCCUUCGCAGGCCAAGGUGGGGCUGCUUCGCCAGCGGGUUACACAGCAAGCUCUACAUAAUGGGCGGCCGAUCGAGCUUCACGAUCGGCAACUCCCGCUUCGUCGACGUCUACGAUCCCGGCCGCAGCCGCUGGGAGGAGAUCAAGAGAGGCUGCGUCAUGGUCACCUCGCACGCGGUUGUCGGCGAGACCUUGUUCUGCGUCGAGUGGAAGAACCAGCGCUGCCUCUCGGCGUUCGACCCUUCGGACGGUUCUUGGAAGAAGAUUCCGGUGCCGCUCACCGGCAGUUCGAGCACCAGAUUCUGCCUUGGGGCGCGUGGCGGGAAGCUGCUGCUGCUCUCGCAGGAGGAAGAGGGCGGGUAUCAGACGAUGACGUACGAUCCGGCUGCGGCGCCGGGCUCGGAGUGGGGGACGUCGGAGCUGAAGCCGUCGGGGUUGUGCCUGUGCAGUCUGACCAUUCAGGUUUGAUGAUUCGGCGAGGGAUUUUUUUUCAAAACUAGCAUGGUUUUUACAGCAAUUUCGGAAAUUAGCAGUGCUAACAAGUUAUUUGCAAAAUUAGUACCCCGUCGGCCUCCCAUUGGCCGAAGAGUGGCUCUUCGGCCAGCCGUUGACCGAAGAGGGCACUUCUGCCUCCCGUUGGCCGAAGUGUGCCCCAACUAGGCCGAAAAGGACUCUUCAGCUUCCCAUAGGCCGAAGAGCACUCUUUGGUCAACCGUAGGCCGAAGAGUCCCCGGGCCCCACCUUUUCGCGUGAACUGGUGACCGAAGUUGCAUGGUCGCGCUCUUCUGCGUACUGUAGGCCGAAAAGGGUUUUUUAUUAUGACUUACGAAUAUUGUGUAACCAUUUUGCAAUGAAAAAAAAUUGCACAGCCCUUUCCGUAAAUAUUUUCCCGCCAACUCUUUCCCCUCCAUAUGUUCCCGCCAACCCUUUCCCGCCAUAUGUUCACGCCACCCGUUUCCCGCCAACCCUUUCCCGCCAUAUGUUCCCGCCACCCGUUUCCCGCCAACCCUUUCCCGCCAUAUGUUCCCGCCAACUCUUUCCCUCCAUACCCCAGUCGUUCUUUCCCGCCAUUUUCUCUCCUCUCUACCUAUAAAACCCCCUUGACCCGGAGGUGAAUAAGUAGUCCAGUGUAGUCGAGAUG